UUCCAAUUUCUCUUUCUAUGGAUAAAGUGCUCCUCAAUAUCAUCAGUGGUAUUAAGAUUAUUUCACAAUUUUUACAAUAUGAAUUCGUAAAAAAUUCCUCGAUCAUGAAAUUCAGCAUAAUGAUUGAAGUAAUAUUAUUCAUACAUAAUUCAUUGGCAAUUAAUCAAUGUGCAAUGCUACUGUACGGUACAAUAUGGGCAACAUAUUAUGUGUUUCGUAAUCAAUUGGCUCACAUUAAUCAAAAUUUUAUGAAAAUUUUAAGAAAUUCACGACAAAGAAAACCAAUCAAUAUGACAGUGUUAAAAGAACUGCGAUUCAUUCAUAUUGAACAUAAUACAUUGGCAUAUUAUGUAUUACAGAGUGAUAAAUAUACAUUGAGCCGACCGCUUUACUAUUUUGCAUUGGUUAGCAUACCGAUUAAUGUAUUAUUUAUGUGUGAAUUAAUCGUCGAAGAUAUACCGGCGCAAACACAAUUUGUAUUUAUAGUGAUGUCAUCGGUACAUGCCAUUACUGGUCUUAUUCCGUUCAUAACUUUAGCACUUGUUUCCAGUGCUUUUCAUAAAAUCAAAGAUUAUAUACCAGCUAUGCAGCUACGAUUGAAUCGUUCGACACAUAUUCGAAUGAAAUUGAAAUAUGAUGAUCUCUAUGAACGUUUGAUGUUUGGUAAAAAAAUUGCCUUUACAUUUGGCUAUCUCGGCGAUUUGACGUACCGGGGGUUAUUCGAAGCAUUUCUUGGCUAUUUUGCCGCUUUCUUUCUCAUCAUGGGAUUCUAUAUGAGAGAACAUUCAACAUGAAUAAUUAUGAUUUGAUCAAAUAAUGAUGAUUCUGCAUAAUCCAAUGAUGUUUUACAUUUUAAUUUCCUUUGUGAUUAAUUUUAAAGUUGAAUAAAAAAUUGAAAAAUAAAAAAAAAUGAAAUUUGAAAUUAUUGCUCAACUAUUUCGACAGUUUGUAAGCAUUUUCGGUCGAAAUAGUCAUUGAAUCAUUCGAAUUCGCGCCGUAAAUUUUUUUUCUGCUCUCUCGAACGGUGAUGACAUCGUUUUUUCGAGUUUAUUUUUGUCAAUUAUUCCAAAUAUUUAUUCAUUUUAUUUCCAUC